AUGUCACCUCCAGAACGCGAAAUCCAUGUGUUGAGAACUCGGGCCGCUCUGGCAGACAGCGAACGUCGUCGGUGCAAGGAAGAGAGGAAAUGGGCGGUAUCGCAGGGGAAUGUCGCUCGAGCACAGCAAAUGAAGUGGGAAGUCAAGCGUUAUACAGAUUUGAUGAACACCUUCAAUCAGGAGGCAGACAUGAAGGCCUUCGCAUUGGAAGCGGCAAACGGCAAAAGUCGAACAAGAUAUUGGUCCACUAAUGCUGAAGAACAAAAAUCUAUGUCGCCGAGCUCUAAGGAGAAAUCACCCAAAUCAUCUCGCGAGCAACCUGUCACCGUUUCGAACGCCCUGCAGUCAAAUGAACGGGUCACGACAAAACGACAACCUCGGCCUAAAAUAGUUCACCCAACUAUCAUCCUCGUGCCCAUUCGCAACAUCCUAACGGACACUAGCUGCAGAGCUGCGCAUAAGAUCCGCGCUACUAUGUGCAAGUCAGGCCAGGCCGACUACCUGCUCAUACACGGACCUGAUACCACCAUACCAUAUGGAUACUCAAUGGAAGUAUAUCGACCAUUGGACAUUGGCUUGAUCGCUCAGAUACCUUCGAGCACGAUGUCAGGGCUGUAA